AUGGGUUUGCCUGCUUCUCUAAAGUCAUACCAUAUUUUGCUCCUCGUCUGUUUGCUUAAUGUUUUCACCACUAACUCAACGGGACCAUUUGAAGAAGAGGCCGUGCUUUUUGGCGGGAACUUUUCGGCUUUGUAUGUUAUUGGAGAUUCAUUGGUUGAUCCAGGAAACAAUAAUUAUCUUUUGACGCUAGUCAGAGCGAAUUUUCCACCUUAUGGUUCUAACUUUGAAGGAGGCAAAGCUACGGGCCGUUUUAGCGAUGGCAAAACAAUCGCUGAUUAUAUUGCUAUUUAUUAUGGGCUUCCUCUGGCUCCUGCUUACAUGGGGUUAUCUAGAAGAGAAAAGAACAAACUCUCAACUGGUAUUAACUAUGCUUCUGCUGGCUGUGGGGUUUUUAAUGACACAGGAAAGAAAUUGGGAAGAUGUCUCUCGAUGAGUGUCCAAAUCGAUCUAUUCAAUGAAACCAUCGAGAAGAAUCUGAAGAAACAGUUCAAGACGGAGUCUGAGCUUAGUAGCCACUUGGCUAAAUCGUUGUUUAUGACCGCGAUUGGGGUCAACGAUUACGCUUUCUUAUAUAACAAGACGACAAAUGAUACGAAUGGGUUCGCAAACAGGCUUCUUCAUGAGUUCUUGAUACAAUUCCAGCGAUUGUAUAAGUUAGGAGCACGGAAGUUCUUCGUAAACAACAUUAAACCUUUAGGUUGUUACCCAAAUAUCAUUGCUAAAACAGUACCACGUGGAAGCCGACGACGAUAUAAACCAUGCAAUCAGCAUUUUCAAUGACAAGCUUAG